AUGGAAUUACAACCAUCAUCAUCAUCGGAUGAAAAAGAAAAUCAAUUCUUUGAAUUGGGUAAAUCUAUUUUAAAAAGAAAAAAUAUAGAUGCAGAGUUAAUAUUCUUUUGUAGAGCUGGUAGUCACAGUUUCAAUUUGAAUGUGGAAACAAGUGAUUCCGAUUACUUUGGUGUGUAUGAGAUCGAUAUUGAUUUGGUGUUGUCUGGCAGUGUCACCGCUCAACAGUCGCUGAUCGACGGACACGAACCAGAGGAUUUCGUAAUCUAUAGUAAAACGAUGAUGGGGGAUGCCAAGCGACUUACCUCCAAUAACAAUAGCGGGAAGAAGCCAAUGAGUACCGAGCUCAGCAGCAAUCAUUCACCAAACAAGAAGCUGUAUCAUACGAUUCGUCUGUUGAACGAAACCGUUAGGAUGUUGGACGGCAAGGAUCCAGAGGUGUUUCUCACAGGCGAGCAUCGUGAAUACAUCAUGAGUAUUCGUCGUGGUGAGAUUGAAAUAGAGAAGCUCGAACAGGAGGUCGCUCGACUGUAUAUGAUCAUCGACGAGAAGAUGCAGGUGAUGCAAUCGACCAACCCAAACAACAUUCCAAGCGUUGCCGACUCCAAGUUGAUCGACAACUGGGUAAUCUCAUGUAGAAAACAAACUAUGUUGUCGGCAAACAAUAGCGAAGAGUAUUUCUCAAUGGAUGAAUUAAAGUUGGAUGUGGAGUCAUCGAGUGAUUUGAUAAAGAAUGUUUAUAGCAGAGCACUGGAGGUAUUACGAGAUAACAAAGUAGAUGGUUCAGUGUUGUAUAUCGGUAGAACAGGUAGUCAUCUUCAUAAUCUUCAGGUGGAAGACGUCUCUAGUGACGAUUGGUUCGUGGUGUUUGCUGCAUCGCUCGAUCAUGUAUUCUCAAUCGAACCGACACCGACAAGAUUGGAAUCGAUUCAAGUGCAAUCCACCACGACAUCCGGUGCACAGGCAGAGAAAGAAUCGGCUAGCAGUAGAGAUACCUAUGUGAAUGGUGUACAGUUGAUCGAAGUAGGUUACUUCCUAUCUCUAUUGUCACAGGGUAAUCAUCGUGCAGUAGAAUUGUUCUACGCAGAGCAACAACCAACAACCUCAUUACAUUGUAAAGCAUGGAAUCUACUUAACCAACAUAGCUACAUGAGUUACAACUUUAUGCAACAUUGUUGGGGUGUUGCACAAGGUCAACUUGCAAAAGUUAAAUCAUUACUUAAGAAUAACAACAGCGGCGAUGAACAACAACAACAGCAACAACAACAACAACAACAAAUUAAUAAGCAUCUAUAUCAUAGUUUCAGAUUGUUAAAGUUAUCGGAACAAGUUGCAGAUAGUAGCAGUAGGUUAGAGGUGACCGUUUCAAGUGAGAGUAGAGAUAGCUACUUGAUGAUUAGAUCGAAUCAACAGCCACAACAAACACAAUCAACACUUCAGAAAUGUACAGAUAUCUCAAACAAAAUAACAAUAGCAAUCAAAGAAAAGAAGAAUCAAGAGCAAACCAACAACAAAUUAGUAUUGGCCAACUGGCUAGCAAAACUUAGAAAAUCAUUAUCAAAAUAA